AUCGUCUUUUCGUAUUGGAAGAAGACCUUGGAUGUUGUCGGCACUAUUCUACAGGCUCAGAAUCUUCACUUCUACUUUAUCCAUGGGUCCAUUCCACAUACCGAACGAAGUCAAAUUCUCAACAGAUUUCGAUCCUCGAUAGGACACAGUAUAUUGCUGAUGACCCUUGGAACAGGGGCAGUCGGGCUCAAUUUGGGUGUUGCAUCUCGGAUAUACCUUCUGGAACCGCAAUGGAACCCAUUCUUGGAACAACAAGCUUUUGGAAGGGCACAAAGGCUUGGCCAAACUGAGAAAGUUACAAUCAUUCGUUUUCUCAUGAAAGACACCAUCGAAGAUACUAAUGUACAGUCAAGACAACUUGUCAAGAUGCAUAUUGCAUCGCGGGGGUUUGGAAAUUAG